ACAUUUCAAAUCAAUGCCCGGGGUUCGGUGCGCAGCCUGAGGCGAAAAUAGAAACUUUUUUUUUAUUCCCAACCCCGGGCAUUAAAAAAAAAUAAUAAUCAUCAUCAUCAUCUAUCCCCACUUUUUUUUUUUUUUUAAAUGCCCAUCAAUGGCCUCCCUGUACGUGGGCGACCUGCACGUGGACGUGACCGAGGCGAUGCUGUACGAGAGGCUGAGCCGAGUCGGGGUCAUUUUGUCCAUCCGCGUGUGUCGAGACAUGAUGACCGGCCGCUCGCUCGGAUACGCGUGCGUCAACUUCCAGCAGCUCGCGGACGCUGAACACGCACUGGACACCAUGAACUUCGACCUGAUCAAGGGGCAGCCCAUGCGCAUCAUGUGGUGGCAGCGGGACCCCACCCUGCGGAAGAGCGGCGUGGGCAACAUCUUCAUCAAGAACCUGGACCGCUCCCUCGACAACAACGUCCUGUACGACAUCUUCUCCUUCUUCGGCAAUAUCCUGUCCGGCAAGGUGGUGUGCGACGAGAACGGCUCCAAAGGUUACGGCUUCGUGCACUUUGAGACUCAGGAGGCGGCCGACCGAGCCAUUGCCGAGAUGAACGGCAAGUCGCUCAAGGACCGAAAAAUCUUCGUGGGCCACUUCAAAUCCCGCAAAGAGCGCGAGGCAGAGCUGGCGGUCCGAGCCAAGGAGUUCACCAACGUUUACGUGAAAAACUUCGGCGAGGACGUGAACGACAACACGCUGAGGGAGAUCUUCAAGACGUUCGGAAACACCACCAGCGUCCGCGUCAUGAUGGACGAGCGCGGCUUGUGCCGGGGCUUCGGUUUUGUCAGCUUCGCCAGGCACGAGGAUGCCCAGAAGGCGGUGGACGAGAUGAACGGGAAGGAGCUCCACGGCAGGAUGAUCUACGUCAGCCGGGCCCAGAAGAAGGUGGAGCGGCAGGCCGAGCUCAAGCGCAAGUUUGAGCAGAUGAAGCAAGAUCGGAUCUCGCGUAGCCAGGGUGUCAACUUGUACGUGAAGAACCUCGACGACGGCAUCGACGACGAGUGCCUGCGAAAGGAGUUCGGGUCCUUCGGGACCAUAACCAGCGCCAAGGUGAUGACGCAGGGCGGGCGCAGCAAAGGUUUCGGCUUCGUCUGCUUCUCGUCCCCGGAGGAGGCCGGCAAGGCGGUGGUGGAGAUGAACGGCCGCAUCGUUUCCACCAAGCCGCUCUACGUGGCGCUGGCCCAGAGGAAGGAGGAGCGCCAGGCCUACCUGACCCGCCAGUACAUCCAACGCAUGAGCGGCGGGAGGCCCGUGCCCAACCAGGUCAUCGACCCCUACCAGGCACCGCCGCCCCCGGCGUACUUCCUGGCGCCGAUCCCGCAGGCGCAGAACCGCACCGCCGCUUACUUCCCGGCGGCCGCCCACGUGACGCAGCUGUGCCCGAGCCCUCGCUGGGCCACCGCAGUGUGCUCUCGUCUAGAUUACCAGAACCUGCCGGCCGGCGUACGGACUUUGGCGUCGAGUCCGCCCGCUUUCGCUUCCGGGCGACCCGGCUCCCAGCGGUCCCGCGGGAUCCCCGGCCAGCGCGCGGCGUCCCAGGCCCUGAGCCCCCAGCCUGACACCCCGCUCGCCCCCAUGUGCGCGGUUCCUCAGUACAUGUACGCCACUGGAAUCCACAGCUCCCUGAACCACAUGCCGCCUGUGCAGUCAACCGGCCACACUCCGAAGCCUCUGACGGCCUCCGUCUUGGCUUCUGCGCCUCCGCUGGAGCAGAAGCAGAUGCUUGGUGAGUGUUUAUUCCCGCUCAUCCAGACCAUGCAUCAGGACCUGGCGGGGAAGAUCACCGGCAUGCUGCUGGAGAUCGACAACUCGGAGCUGCUCCACAUGCUGGAGUCGCCCGAGUCGCUCAGCUCGAAGGUGGACGAGGCCGUGGCCGUGCUCCAGGCCCAUCAGGCCAAAGAGUCCUGCCAGAAGGAUUACUGACUCCUCCGCGAGCCCGACCCGCAGGUACAAUUCCCCACUUCAACAAAGCGGAUUCUCUUCGGGAUGCGGAUGAGCCGGAAUCAGACCCGAACGCGUACAAGCCAACGGAGGACCGAUACAGGGGAAAAAAAAAAAUUAAAAUUCAUAAUAUAAGUAAACUCAAAAUAAAGUAGCAGAAUAUAGUUAAACGACAGCAAACUAAAUACAAGUAAACGAUAAAAUACCAAGACAAAUGCAACCAAAAUCACCAUAAAGUUAUGAAAUAUUUUUCUAUGAUGUGGUUCUAAAGCGAGUCUUUUUUUCCCUGCUGUUUUUAUAUAUAAAAUUUUAUUCAUCUGAAAAUAUUUUGAGCUGCACUUUUUUUUUUUUUUUGCUUAUUAAGUAAAUAUUCCCGCACUGCUUCUGUGGCCGCCUUUUUAAAAAAAAAUGUGAUUUUUUUUUUUUUUGUGUAUUAUUGUAAACAAUGAAUUUGUGUAACCAAAUCCCCCCAGCCGCCGUACUUGACGCCGCACCCCAUCUGCUUUUGAGUAAACACCCUGGAUGGCUAUAAUGGGCCAAAAACGGAA